UUGGAGAAAGUGAUAGCAUACUCGUGCCCCUGCCUGUUGUUGUAGUCGGGCUCUGAGUCGAAGCAGACUUGGCAGCGUAACCUGGACAGGAGUGGAAAAAGAUAUCUGGCUGGACAGACGGUGGAUGGUGUUGCAUUGUGAUAUGUUGGGAUUGGAACAGUGCAAAAUAACUUUGUACUGGCAUGUGGGUGUAGAUGGGGAGGUAUAUAGGAGGGGCGAGGCUAUUUAAGGGAAUAUCCCUGGCAGAUGUUGCAAGUGUUGCCAGCCUAGCAGUGCAUUCUCACCAACGUACAUUGAAAUGCAUGUGUAAAAGUGCGCAAAAAUGCGAAUGGCCCUUUCCAUUAUUCAGCCCAUCCGCAUUUUCUGAUCAUCAGCAUGGUGAGUCCUGUGCCAGGCCCUGUUCCCAGUCUGCACACUCCUUUACGCUAACGAUUUUAGUCGCUUUUCAGGGACUGGCGGCCGUGUCGCUGUGUGCACGACACCACCAUUGCUGCCAUCCCAGCUCAGCACAGGCUUGUGUGUGUUAGUGAGGAUCCAGGGUGGUGCUUGGGUGCUGGUGCUAUGCCUG